AUGUCGAAAACAUCAGGAGACAAGUCGAAACCACCACCUUCGUCACCCGUCUCCCGAGCAACGCUUCUCUCCCCUUUCCUCUUACUAGCCUUCAUCUUCUCCAUCGUGGUAUUCUACUUCAUCGACUUCAGCUGGUAUGUUUCCCGCGUGCAAGAUCACGAACAUAGCGAUACGAGCCAAAAAAUAUCAACACCUGAGAAGAGGAGAGAAAGGUUGCCUUUCGCCAUUGGAGAAGGUAACAACGGGUGCGAUUUAUUCAGCGGACGGUGGGUACGUGACUAUGGCCGGCCGUUGUACGAGGAAUGGGAGUGUCCGUACCUUGAGCCGCAGACGACAUGCCUAGAACACGGCCGGCCUGAAAAGGACUAUCAGUAUUGGAGGUGGCAGCCUGAUGGAUGUUCCAUUCCCAGUUUUAAUGCGACAUUAAUGCUUGAAGGGCUUAGAGGGAAGAGAACAAUGUUCAUUGGCGAUUCUCUAAAUCGAGGACAAUUUACCUCCCUCAUUUGUCUUCUUCAAAGAAUCAUCCCUCCACAUGCUAAAUCCAUGCAAACUUUCGGCUCCCUCACUGUUUUUACAGCCAAGGAAUACAACGCUACAAUCGAGUUCUACUGGGCGCCGUUUUUACUGGAAUCCAAUGCAGAUAAUCCCUUCAAACACAGGGUGAGCGACAGGAUUAUUCGGAAUGGAUCGGUAGACAAACAUGGAGAGCACUGGAAAGGAGCGGACAUACUUGUCUUCAACUCUUAUAUUUGGUGGAUAUCAGGAUUGAGGAUAUUAUUGCAAGGAUCUUUUGAAGAUGAAGUGAAAGAGAUUGCAGAUAUAACAAGGGAAGAUGGUUAUCAUAUUGCCAUGAAGAGCUUAGUGAAAUGGAUAAAUACGAACGUUGAUCCUCAAAAAUCUCGAGUCUUUUUCAUCAGCAUGUCACCUACACAUCAACGGAGCUACAAGUGGGGAGGUGAUCAAAAUGGAAAUUGCUACAACGAGACAACCAUGAUAGAAGAUCCAACCUUCUUCGGAGCUAAAAAGAGUUUAAUGCAGGUGAUUACUGAAGAACUCAGCAAAUCAACGAUUCCCAUUACAUUCAUCAACAUCACACAACUCUCGAGCCCUAGAAAGGACGCACACACUUCAAUCUACAAGAAGCAGUGGGUCCCUCUAACUGAGAAGCAGCUCUCAGAUCCCCAAAGCUACGCUGAUUGCAUACACUGGUGCCUACCAGGCCUCCAAGAUAUUUGGAACGAGCUUUUGUUCUCCAAGCUUUUCUAUCCCUGA